GUUUCUAGCCGGACGGGUUUGUUGGACACACGCGUUUUCUCUGCGUCUGUUUGAGAUGGCGCUCAGUCAGUAAGCAGAGCGAGGCCUGUGUUGUUAUUUCUCUUCAUAAAGAUAGAUUAAAUAAACCCCGCGGACAUGAUGGAAGGUGGGAAACCCUCUCUGGCGCUCGUUUAUCAGGCUGUACAGGCGCUGUAUCACGACCCGAAUCCCGCCGGGAAGGAGCGAGCCUCGGUGUGGCUCGGAGAGCUGCAGAGAUCGAUGUAUGCCUGGGAGAUCUCGGACCAGCUCUUGCAGAUGAAGCAGGACGUGGAGUCAUGUUACUUUGCGGCACAGACCAUGAAAAUGAAAAUCCAGACGGCGUUCUACGAGCUUCCUCAGGAGACGCACCUCGCCCUGCGUGACUCUCUGCUCUCUCACAUUCAGAACCUCAAAGACCUCUCACCCAUCAUCAUCACACAGCUCGCCCUGGCGAUCGCUGACCUCGCACUGCAGAUGGCAUCAUGGAAAGGCUGUGUUCACACCCUCAUAGAAAAGUACAGCAAUGACGUGACUUCAAUGCCGUUCCUGAUCGAAAUCCUCACUGUGCUGCCGGAGGAAGUGCACAGCCGAUCCCUGAGGAUAGGUGCUAACCGGCGGUCGGAGAUCAUAGAGGACCUUGCUUACUAUUCCACCACUGUGGUCACUCUGCUGAUGACCUGCCUGGAGAAGUCUGGGAGCGAUGAGAAGAUGCUUAUUAAAGUGUUCCGCUGCUUGGGCAGCUGGUUUAACCUGGGUGUGCUGGACAGCAACUUCAUGGCUAAUAAUCAGCUCCUGGUGGUUUUAUUCCAAGUGCUACAAAGGGACGAGUGCCCGACUAACUUGCAUGAAGCGGCAUCUGACUGUGUGUGUUCCGCCCUCUACGCCAUUGAGACUGUAGAUACACACGUGGCUCUGGCCAUGCAGCUGUUCCAGGGCGUCUUGACACUAGAAACAGCUUACCACAUGGCCGUGGCACGAGAGGACCUCGACAAGGUGCUGAAUUACUGCCGCAUUUUCACCGAGCUGUGUGAGACCUUUAUGGAAAUUACAGUCAGGAGCCCGGGGCAAGGCAUGGGUGAUUUACGCACCUUGGAGCUUCUACUCAUUUGUGCUGGACAUUCUCAGUAUGAGGUGGUGGAAAUCUCAUUCAACUUCUGGUACCGCCUGGGGGAGCACCUGUACAAGACCAACGAUGCUGCACUGCACGGCGUCUUCAAACCCUACAUCCAGAGACUACUGCACAGCCUGGCACGCCAUUGUCAGCUGGACCCAGACCAUGAAGGAAUCCCAGAAGACACGGACGACUUCGGGGAGUUCAGACUGAGGGUUUCUGACCUGGUCAAGGACGUUAUUUUCCUUGUAGGCUCAAUGGAGUGUUUCUCACAGCUGUACUCUACUCUGAAAGAGGGAAUCCCAGCCUGGGAGGUUACUGAGGCCGUGCUUUUCCUAAUGGCUUCUAUUGCCAAGAGUGUGGACCCUGAGAACAACCCCACGCUGACUGAAGUGCUGGAACAAGUUGUGCUUCUUCCUCAGACGGUGCACAUCGCUGUGCGCUACACCAGUAUCGAGCUGGUGGGAGAGAUGAGUGAGGUGAUGGACCGCAACCCACGCUUCUUAGAUCCUGUGCUAGACUAUCUAAUGAAGGGGCUGCGGGAGAAGCCAUUAGCCUCGGUGGCAGCGAAGGCUAUUCACAACAUGUGCUCGGUGUGCCGGGAACACAUGGCACAACACUUCCAAAGCCUGCUGCACAUCGCACGCUCGCUGGAUUCCUUCGCUCUGAACACGGACGCCGCUAUUGGCCUGCUCAAGGGCACAGCACUGGUGCUGGCUCGGCUUCCUCUGGAGAAGAUAGCAGAGUGUCUGAGUGAUCUGUGCUCUGUUCAGGUCAUGGCUCUGAAGAAGCUGCUGUCUCAGGAGUCUAGUAACGGAAAAUCCUCAGACCCUACAGUAUGGUUAGACAGACUGGCGGUAAUCUUCAGACACACAAAUCCAUAUGUAGAGAAUGGACAAGUUCACCCAUGUCAAAAAGUCAUCCAGGAGAUCUGGCCAGUGUUGUCAGAGACGUUAAACACACACCAGGCAGAUAACCGCAUUGUGGAGCGCUGCUGCCGCUGCCUGAGGUUCGCUGUGCGCUGCGUGGGCAAGGGUUCGGCCGCACUGCUACAGCCUCUCGUCACACAGAUGGUGAGUGUGUACCAGGUGUACCCACACUCCUGCUUCCUGUACCUGGGCAGUAUCCUGGUGGAUGAAUAUGGCAUGGAGGAGGGCUGUAGACAAGGCCUGCUGGACAUGCUCCAGGCUCUCUGCAUGCCCACCUUUCAGUUACUGGAGCAGCCCAACGGUCUCCGUAACCACCCUGACACUGUAGAUGACCUGUUCAGACUGGCUACCAGGUUUAUCCAGCGCAGUCCUGUAACACUGCUGGGCAGCAACAUCGUCGUCCACAUCAUCCAGUGCGCCAUCGCGGCCACGACGCUGGACCACCGAGACGCCAACUGCAGCGUCAUGAAGUUCAUCAGAGACCUCAUUCACACCGGUGUCUCCAAUGAUCACGAGGAUGACUUCGAGGUGCGGAAGCGUCUGAUCAGUGAGGCCAUGCAGCAGCACGGCCAACAGCUGGUAACACAGCUGAUCCACACCUGCUGCUUCUGCCUGCCUUCAUACACACUGCCCGAUGUGGCCGAAGUGCUCUGGGAGAUCAUGGCGUUUGACCGACCGGUAUUUUGCCGCUGGCUGGAGGUGGCACUGAAGGGCCUUCCCAAGGAGAUGUCAGGAGGAGCUGUAACGGUCACUCACAAACAGCUGACAGAUUUCCACAAGCAGAUCACAAGUGCAGAGGAGUGUAAACAGGUGUGCUGGGCAGUGCGAGAGUUCACCAGGCUUUACCGAUAGCUGGCUUCACAAACCUGCGCUUCAGUGUCAGGUCAAAUCUUGUGUUUUUAAACAACGAAAUGACGACAAAGAGGCUCUAAAUUGGCUGCUUUUUUUUUUUUGGGAAAAAUUCAAAGCGAUUGAUGGGACACGGUGGAGCGCCAGCGAGAGACAGUGCAGCUUCGGAGCGAAAGGAAACGCUUUCAGGGAGCGAGAGAAAGAAAAAGUCCAUUCCCUUCUUCCUUUGCUCGCUUCGCUAAGCACACUGCUGCUGUAGCUACAACAACGAGUAAUCUUGUUAAAGAGCGCAAGAAAGUACACCCAUAUUCAGCCAAAACAAAAAAAUAAAACAAGAAUGUGCCUGGUUGCAACUCAUAACGCAUUGUAGAGAAAAAAAAUAGACUUUAGACAUUUUUUAACAGAAAAUGGAGAGAUUUAUUUUCAUGGACAUGUCUUUAAGAAUCAGCUUGUUGCUGUCACACUAUCAUAAAAUGACAAAAAAAAUAAAUAAAACGUGGAUACUCGCGGACACACGGCGGUGGAAGUGGAGAAAUCCGGGCGAUCUUUUUAACAUUGGCAGACUUUUACCAUCAUGACCGAGUCACAGAUCGGAUUAAACGAAAUGUAUACGUUUUGUUCUUCCACUUUUUGGGGCGUAAGCGAGAAGCACAAACCCAUCGGCAAUGUGUAGCCAUCUCAUGAACAAUAAAAUCAAAUUGGCCGUGAGGAAAGAGCUUGUUCGAGCAUCAUUUCAUCAUUUCUGAGGAGUUCUUCUUGUCUUUCUCUCCUUUUCCUCUCCCUGUCUGAUCCCAGUCACAUGCACACAGGUUACAGUCACACUCUCAUACACUUCACACCUACAGUGUUUUCUUUUCCGAGUCAGAAAUCUCACAUCUGGUGUCAUCUUUCAAUCCAUGGGCCUUAUUCCAGUGUGGUAAGUUUACAUUGGUAUAACGUACACACUCCACAGAGGAGAAGGUGAAGCUCCAUCAGGAGAGUCACGCUUCUUGUUAUGAGCUGCUUUUUAUAUUUGUGUAGUCUUUCUAACAGCAACAAGGAACAUGAUGAAGAAACCUUGAGAAGAACCAGGCUUGAAAAAGGAAACCUCUGUCCUUCAUUCUUCUUCUUCUUCUUCUUCUUCUGGAGGAGACGCCCUGUGUUUGAACAGAAAUGCAAAAUUAGGUCAUUUUAACACACAGUAAUCUGCAAGAAUUCCUCAAAAGAUUCAACUGGAAUGUGAAGAAGUUCCUGCUAGUCUGUAGUGUGUCCAGGUGAGAUGUUAGACUCCAAGAGCAGAGCAUGGGGAUCAGCUGGACAGAUCCAGAGGAACGACGUGUGUCAAGGUCAAAGCCUGGUUGGUUUGUUUGUUUGUUUGUUUGUUUCAUACAUCUGUCCCAGAUCCUCAUUAGCGUCAUAUCUCAAGUGUUUGAAUGUUUGCCGGAUUAGUAUGGAGUGACUACUGUGACCAGGAGAUGAUUUUGGAACAGUGUCUCAAUAUUUCUCCAAAGCUUCCUUCCUGUUUGAUUUGAUUGAUCUAACAAAAAGAUCUGGACUUUAUGCUUGGGUUUCCUGUGCCCCAGGUUUAAAUACCCGUGUUCUGUGGGGUGUGUCUGUAGGAUCCACAGUGCGUUUCAUUUGGUUGGUUGUUUGUUUUAUUAACGAUGCAGCCUCGGCUUCCUGUUCUUAGCUGAUAUGUGAGUGAUGUGGUCUUCUGCUGGUGUCCGUUAUCCACCUGAAGAUUCCACCUGAAGUGCUUUUUGAGAUGCUUUUCUUCUCACCAUGAUUGUAAAGAGUGAUGAUUACACAGAUGUUUUGCAACUAAAAUAUUUGGUAAAAGAUCUUGAGAUUGGAAAACGAUGUAAUAAUGUCACUCAAAAAAUUUUAUUUAAAUAUUAAUUUAUCACAAAAAACCCUCGUGUUUUGUUUUUUUUUGUUUUGUUUUUUUUUGUUAUUGUUUUGUCGAGACUGGUGGAGUUUGGUUUAUUUCUUCAUCCUAAAUGCAGAUCUGACAUUCAGCCUGCAGAGGGCGCUCGUUAGUCUUGUGUAAAACUGUAAUGUCUCACAGAACCCCACUGAAAAGGCCAUUUCCAGAACACUCAUCAUUACAUAGAAGUGUAUUAAAUAUAUUUCCCCCGGAUUUCCUGUUUGUUUUCUACAAGUUGUAAUUAUUAUUUACUUUGAAAAUGAGCCUCGUACAUUAAAAUGUGUUUUCUCUA